GUCGCUGCAUGUUGACGAUAUGCGAAUGUUUCAAAGACAUGAGACUAAUCUCACUCUGAAACCAUCUCUCCUCAGAUUGGUAAUAUAGGAAAUUCCUCCCUGCCGUCUUGUGUGUGGAACCCAAUCUCCAUAGCCCGGGCCAGAGUAGCUUUAAUGAUCCUACCUCAGAUAAAAUAGAGGCAUUAUAGUCCUAAAGGCAUUUUGGCCCUUAAACACUGCCUCCAUUCAUUUCUGAAACAAUCUGAUUCUCUCUCUCUCUCUCUCUCUCUCUCUACCUCUCUUUGUACCUCUCAACGUUACCGCUUUUUCCAACAGUGUGUGAGCAGGAACCAUUUGGCGUUGGCUCUGCCAUUUCCCCCGAACAUCUCCCUCCUGAUAUCCUCUCCCUGCUGUGACGAGCUGUCGAUAAAUCGAGUGGGACACCGGCCCCGCGGAGAAGGCUGUCAACCCUUGAGGACCGACUUCACUGCAAGGGUGUGAGAGGCUCGUGUCCCAUGGCUGUGCAGGAGCUGGGCAUCAGCCUGUCCAUGAUCGGCGUUGCCGGUACCAUCCUCAUCUGCGCCCUGCCCAUGUGGAAGGUGACGGCGUUCAUCGGCACCCACCUGGUGGUCAUGCAGGUGUUCUGGGAGGGUCUGUGGAUGACGUGUGUCAGCGAGUACACCGGUCAGAUGCAGUGCAAGCUCUACGACGCGCUGCUGGACCUGUCGCCCGACCUGCAGGCCGCCCGCGGCCUCAUCUGCAUCGGCCUGGUGCUGGGCUGCUUGGGCUUCCUGGUCUUCAUCCUGGGGGCACGCUGCACCAACUGCCUGGACCACCCGGGGCUCAAGGCGCGGCUGGUUGUGGGCUCUGGGGCCACCUUCUGCCUGGCGGCCCUCGUCACCGUGGUCCCCGUCUCCUGGACGGCCAACUCCGUCAUCAGGGACUUCUACAACCCGCGUGUCCCCGAGGUGCUGAAGAGGGAGCUCGGGGCUGCCGUAUACGUCGGCUUCGUGGCCUGCGGCCUGCUCUUCUGCGGGGGGGUCAUCCUGUGCACGAGCUGCCCGCCGCAGGGGGCCGGGUUCCCCGCCGGCGGAUACACGGCGGCCAGGACACCCACGCGCAGCAGCUACGCCAUCAGGAACUACGUGUGAGGGCUGAGACCAACCAGUCGCCGCUGAUGGAGAAAUGGCGAGACACGUGGACCCAGGUCCUGACCUUCCUAAAAGGCCAAUGGUGUAGAAACUGUUGGUAUCUCCGCUGUCUCUCUUCAUGGCGGCAUCAUCGAGGGACGUGAGGGGAGACGGAGUCCAAUGUCUAUAGGAUAACAAAAACACACACACACACACACCCAGAGGACCUUGUGACCUGCAUCUGCACAUGUGUAUAAGUUGGAGGGAAACAAUCAUAUUUGGUACUUCCUCUUUCUGUAGUUCCAGCACACGUUGAAACACCCUUGAAGAGAAAAAAAAAACUUGCAUGGAGGGAUUCUUGUAUUUCUUUUUUUUACUCUUUGUGUCUCGCUUCUCCGUGAAUUCAAUCUUCAAUAAACCUUCAGCUUAA